UUGGUCCCUAGAACGCUUGGAGCGGAGCUGGCUGGCUUCCUUGUAAAUAGAGUGACACGGGCGAUCUCCAAGAGCGCGAUCUCUGUGUUCCUCCACCCCGCCGGAGACCAAGAGGCCGCUUGGAGGCGGUGAAACCCUAAUCCUAAGGCGGCGGCGAUGUUCCCCCAAUUCGGGGCAACCGCGGAGAGCCUGAGUAAGGCGUCCUCACUGGUGCUUCGGAUCGGCACCGACGCCCACCUCUACGACGAUCCCGACGACGUUAACAUCGCCCCUCUCCUCGAUAGCCGGUUUGACUCAGAGAAGUCGGAGGCCCUCAAGCGCCUCCUCGCCCUCAUCGCCCAGGGCGACGACGUCUCCCACUUCUUCCCCCAGGUUGUGAAAAAUGUGGCGUCACAGUCGCUGGAAGUCAAGAAACUAGUAUAUCUCUACCUGCUUCAUUAUGCCGAAAAGCGUCCAAAUGAAGCUCUCCUGUCUAUUAACUGUUUCCAGAAGGACUUAUCGGAUACAAAUCCUUUAGUGCGAGCAUGGGCUCUACGUGCUAUGGCAGGAAUCCGGUUACAUGUAGUAGCCCCUCUUGUGUUAGCUGCUGUUAGUAAAUGCGCUAGAGAUCCAUCUGCAUAUGUAAGAAAAUGUGCUGCCCAUGCACUUCCAAAGAUAUAUGACUUGCACCAGGAUGAAAAUACUUCUGCCCUCGAAGAGCUUGUAGAUAUCUUGUUAAGUGACCAUUCCCCUGGAGUAAUUGGAGCUGCUGCAGCAGCCUUUAAUGCUGUUUGCCCGAAUAAUCUUCCCUUGAUUGCCAAACACUUUAGAAGGCUAUGUGAGAUGCUUCCUGAUGUUGAAGAGUGGGGUCAAAUUCUUUUGAUUGAGAUUCUCUUACGAUAUGUUGUGGCUAGGCAUGGUCUUGUAAAAGAGUCCAUUAUGUUACUAAAUUCCACUACAAGUUCCCAAUCUGACAAGGAUUCUGCUGCCGUUGGCAAUAUGUCUGAUGGUCAUUGUGGUUCUGUGGGUGGUGAGGCAUAUGACUUUAAAUUGAACUUGUUAAUGUGUAGAUACUACAUAGAAGAAACAAAGGAGUGUUUAGCUCAGUCUGGACCUACGAACGAAGAUGACAAUAAUCUUGGCUGCUUGGUCCUGACCUCCAGCCAAAAUGAUGAUGUGAAGAUUUUGUUGCAGUGUACAUCACCUCUAUUAUGGAGUCAAAAUAGUGCUGUUGUACUCGCAGCUGCUGGAGUGUACUGGAUUAUGGCCCCAAGGGCGCAAGUUGAGAGGAUCGUUAAGCCAGUUCUCUUUAUUCUAAGAUCGUCUCAUGCCUCCAAAUAUGUGAUGCUCUGCAACAUACUGGUGUUUGCUAAAACAGUUCCUUCACUUUUUGCACCCUACUUUGAAGAUUUUUUUGUAUGUAGCUCAGAUCCAUACCAUAUCAGAGCUCUGAAGCUGGAAAUUUUAUCCACCAUUGCCACGGAGUCAUCUGUCCCAAUAAUUUUUGAGGAGUUCCAGGAUUACAUUAAAGAUCCAGAUAGGAGAUUUGUUGCUGAUACAGUUGCUGCAAUUGGGUUAUGUGCUCAAAGACUGCCUGCUGUGGCCGCCACUUGCCUAGAAGGGCUUUUGGCACUUGUAAGACAUGAAUCGUCUAUUAACAUAUCAGGCAACAUUGAUGGCGAAGCAAAUGUUUUAGUUCAAGCAAUUAUGUCGAUUAAAGCAAUAAUAAAGGAAAACCCAACUAAUCAUGAGAAGGUUAUUGUCCAUUUGGUUCGCAAUUUGGAUAUAGUUAAGGAGCCUGCGGCACGUGCAUUGAUUAUUUGGAUCAUUGGAGAAUAUAGCUCUGUUGGACAGCUUAUUCCUAAAAUAGUACCAACCGUUUUGAAGUAUCUUGCAUGGUCCUUUACUUCAGAAGAGCUUGAGACAAAACUUCAGAUAUUAAAUUCUACCUGGAAGAUGCUAAUUACAGUCAGCUUACUAACACUUACUAGAGCAAAGAUGCUGAAAAAUAUGCAAAUCAUGAUCUUUCUGGUUGCAUUACGCGCCCAAGGAGAAGAGUUAUACACAUUCAGAAAGAUCCUGAGCUAUAUUAUUGAAUUGGCAAGAUGUGACAUGAAUUAUGAUGUCCGUGAUCGUUCUCGUGUUGUGGAGGAGAUCACUUCCUGCCCAAUGCAGAAUGGAGGCAUAUAUCGUGAAUUUGUGGAAAGCAUAUUUUGUGGAAAGACACCAUCAAAAGCCUAUAUGGCUGAGAACUUCCGAAUUUAUCUUCCUGGAUCUCUCUCACAGAUAGUUCUUCAUGCAGCUCCUGGUUACAGACCUCUUCCUAAGCCUUGCAGUCUAAUUGAUGGUGACUUCAAUCUGCGCUUUGAGGUGGUUCAUGAGCCACAAGGGCCAGCUGAAAUAAUCGGCAGGGGUAAUUCAUUUGAAAUGAAUGAUCCUGACAUAUCUUCUGGAUCUUCUAUGGAGGAAAGUGGCUCUGCUUAUGAUUCUCAGCAUUCUAGCAUUAAUUCAGCUGACAGUGAUGGGACUGGAUUUGCAAGUGAUUCAAAUGACAAUGGCCAUACUUUAGUGGUUAGCCAUGGUGCUGGAGAUGGAAAAGAAAUCCCUCUAGUUCAUCUUUCUGAUGUUAGUGUUGAUUAUGGUCAAACAAGUCAAAGUGCCAAGGAAAAUAUAUCUACGUUUAUCUCUAAAGAUUUGGCAGAGGUGUUGUCUAAGUCAGCAUUGGAGUCAUGGUUGGACGAGCAACCUAAUUUGCCAUCUUUACAAAAAUCUGAACCACCAUCCAGUGCCAAAAUUUCUAUCAAAGAUCUUAAUUUUACUGUUAAGCCUAAACUUCACACACUUCUAGAUCCUGCAAAUGCAAAUGGCUUGAGGGUGGAAUAUUCCUUUUCAUCUGAGGUUUCAACUAUAUCCCCAUUGCUGGUAUGUGUUGACAUGAUUUUUAAGAACCUCUCUACCGAACCAUUAACGAAUAUAACUGUGAAAGAUGGAGAGUCUAGUGGAAGUCUGGAAUCCGCAGACCAAGUGUUUGAAGAACCUGAAAGCCUGCUUUCUGCUAAUGAUGGGCCAACUAUACUUCCUAUGGAAGAGCUUGCUUCUCUAGAUCCUGGUCAGACAGUGAAGAAAGUUCUCCAAGUCCGUUUUCGUCAUCACCUGUUACCUCUCAAGUUGGCUGUGUUCUGCAAUGGGAAAAAGAAAAUGACAAAAUUGUGGCCUGAUAUUGGAUAUUUCAUGAGACCAUUGCCCAUGGAUAUGAAGGUCUUUAGUGUCAAGGAACGCGAGUUACCAGGGAUGUUCGAGUAUUCUAAGAGAUGCAUCUUUAAGGACCAUGUCGAAGAGAUUGACCACGAGAAGGACCAAAGAUCAUUACACACGGAUGAUAUUCUUUUAGUCUCUCGGAGUCUAGCAUCAAAAGUGCUCAGUAAUGCUAAUGUUCACCUUGUAUCGGUGGAUAUUCCAGUUUCUCUUAAUGCAGAUGAUGCAUCAGGUUUGUGCUUGCGAUUCACUGGUGAAAUAUUGAACAGCUCAAAACCAUGCCUGAUUUCUUUAACUGCUGAAGGUAAACUUUCAGAAUCAUUAAAUGUCACUGUGAAAGUCAAUUGUGAAGAUACGAUAUUUGGUCUUAACUUGUUAAACAGAGCAGUGACAUUUCUACUUUGAAUUUUUCUGUAUUUUUUUGCCUUUCCGAUUCAAGGAUCCAACUAGUUCUGUGUUAAAAGGUGUAGGGUGCUGUAUUUAGUUACUCUUCAUGACAAUAUUAUAAUGUAUGAAAGGAAUAUCUGCUUUGGCUUGUAAAUGUUUAAAGAGAUUAUUGAUCAUUUGGUUCGUCUUAAAGAAUUACCUUUUCAUUUUGG